AUCACUUCACUUUUAUCUUUUCUGUCUUUUUUUUUAAGGAGCUGCUUCCCAAAAAUGUCAAUCACAGUUGGAUCGAGAGGGUGUUUGGCAAGUGUGGUAACGUGGUUUAUGUCAGCAUACCCCGGUACAAGAGUACUGGGGACCCAAAGGGCUUUGCUUUUGUGGAAUUUGAAACUAAAGAGCAGGCAGAGAAAGCUAUUGAGUUUUUGAAUAAUCCACCAGAAGAAGCACCACGGAAACCUGGGAUUUUCCCCAAAACAGUGAAGAAUAAGCCUGUUCCUACACUGAACACAAGUGACAGCACUGUAGUAGAGGAGAAGAAAAAGAAGAAAAAAAAGAAAUCCAAAAUGAAGAAAGAGAGCAAUGCACAGGCAGCUGCAGAGCCCAAGGAAUCCAACACCAACACUACAACGGAGCCAGCCCCCAAAUCAAAAAGACACAGGACUCCAUCUGAGUGUUCUGAAAUGGAGGGAACUGAGACUCAAAGGCAGCCCUCCAAGAGGGAGAAAAGGAAAUGGGACAAAACAGAAAAUUCAGAGGUAACUUGUGAAAGCAGGCCUGGGAAGAGAAAAAGAACCAGCUCAGGAGAUGGGGAGACAUCGGCUCCCAAAGUCAAGAAAACUGCUGAAAAGGAAGAAGCUGAAACAGUAAAAGAAGAAACAACAGAAGCUCCAAAGGAUUCCAAUGAAGUGCCUGCAGAAGAAGACAAAGAUAAAAAAGACACAUCUCUUUCAAAAGCUAAAAGGAAACACAAGAAGAAACACAAGGAAAGGCACAAAAUGGAGGAAGAAGUCAUCCCCCUCAGAGUACUGUCCAAGACCGAGUGGAUGGGAUUGAAGCAAGAAUAUUUGGCCCUGCAGAAAGCCAGUAUGGCCUCACUAAAGAAAACUAUGUCUCAAAUCAAACCUGAGCCCGCGGGGGAGAUGGAAACGGAAUCCUGCGCCCAGAAAUCGCAAAAUCACAAAACCACCGGUGAAGAUUGUGCCCCUCCCGCCAAGGCCAACACAAUGGGGCCUCAGUUCGUCAGCGGAGUAAUUGUGAAGAUCAUUAGCACCGAGCCCCUGCCGGGCAGGAAGCACAUCAAGGUAAUGCCUUUGUAACCUCAGGGAAGCUCUUGGCCCUUCCUCUCGCCGUGCCCC